UGACGACCAAAAAUCGUGGCACUCAAUUUUGCUCACACCUUGCAGUGUUAUUUGUUCUUUAAUAAUAAAUAAAUAUUCUAAAACUCAACUUUCUCAUUUGUCUCGGUUAAAAGAAAACAACAAAAUACAAGGGGUUACCGUUAUUCUCACACAUCACAGCCAUUGGUUGUGAUGAUCACAGCCAAUGUUGUUGUGACAAGUUGAUCAAAACAAGUUCCCGUUAUCUCACGCUAGAACACGUGGUUGGGGCUUGCUAUAAAAGGGAGAUCAACGAGUGAGAAGAGGGAGUCAGUGCCGGACAACGACAGAAGACACAUCCAUCCCAGAUUAAACCAUGAAAACCAAGGCAGCACGGAAGCAGGGUGGUGAUUGGCCAAUCACCAAAGUUUGCGAGGUCCGCUUGAACCGCUUAACACCCCAGGUCAUUCUCCAGUUAAUGAGAGAAUUAAAGGCACAGCCCUACCCGAGGCCAAACGAAGUCUCCCGAGCCCUCGAGAUUUUACGCAGCCGAGGGAUCACCGCCGAGCUCGCUGCACCGGAGGUGGUGUAUAUUUCCUCGGAUGACGAUCUGAAUACCCCGCCAAGGCCAGUGAGAGAGAGGAGCUCAAGACCAAGCACCCCGUCCCCGGUGGUUUCGCCACAGUCUGAACAAGGAAUUCGGCGGGGAACAACACCCCAUGACGAUUGGAGUUGGUUGCUGGCGAGCCCGGUUCCUGCUAAAGCAAAUGGGCUCCCUAUAACCCCCGGCCGCGGCAUGCAGGCUAACUCACCUAGCGGCCCCUCGCUUGGAAGCACAAUCGUCGGUAGUCCAGGGAGUGAUGUUGCCUACCUCCAGCAAAUAUUGGAAGGGCUCCCAAAACCCGAAUACCCGAGACCGUUGGCUGUUCCGGAAGCAGUGGAAGGCACGGGAGACAAACCGAGGUUGAAGAGUGUGGUGGUCAUACCAAAGGCAGCAGAGAAGAGGGUGGAGUUCGUCUGCGCAAGAGCGCUAUCUCCGGAUACGGACAGAGAACUUCAGCCGCACUUGGAAGCAGCCUUAGCGCUACAUAGACCAGGCAACCAAUAUAAGAGAGUCGUGGAAGUUCGCGGAAAGAGGUUGCGGAUAUUGGUUGGCCGGAAGGGCAAUGUGACGGUCAUUCCUCGCGGUCAAGAGGACCCCACCCCAGGGAAGGGGGAAGUGUGACGACCAAAAAUCGUGGCACUCAAUUUUGCUCACACCUUGCAGUGUUAUUUGUUCUUUAAUAAUAAAUAAAUAUUCUAAAACUCAA